AUGAGGAAGAUCGCCGGCAAACACUUGUUGUGCUUCCUGCUGCUCGUCCUCCCGCUGUCCUGGGCUGAGGACACGAAGGAGGAUGCGAAGAAGACUGCGAAUGAUUCAGUUUGGAGCCAAGCGAAGAGCCGACGACUGUUUGCAAGAAGAAAGACUCCACAGGAAAAUCCCAAACCUAGUGUCAAUUCCGGCAAACCGAUGCCUGCACGUCGCUGCGGCCGCUUAAUGGAGAGCUGCUCCUCUCGAGUGCCGUGCUGCGACCCCUGCGCCUCUUGCCGGUGUCGACUCUUCAAUACCAUUUGCAACUGCUGGAGGAUGAACCACGUGUGCCAAAAGAGGACAUAG